GCGCUGCUGGCCCCGCUGCUGCUGCUGGUGGCGGCGGCGGCGCGGUUGUACCGGGCGGGGGAGGACCCGCUGACCGUGUUGGCGGCUGGCUCGGUGCGGCGGGGGCCGCUCCACCCCCCCGCCCCCCGGGGGGGGCAGUUCUACAGCUCGUCCUGCGGCCACUGCAUCGCCUUCGCCCCCACCUGGCGGGCCCUGGCGGGGGACGUCAAAGACUGGGAAUCUGCAAUUAGAGUUGGUGUGCUGGAUUGUGGGGAAGAAGAGAACUAUGAGACGUGCAAAGAAUAUGGUAUUCACUAUUACCCAACUUUUAGGUACUUCAAAGCAUUUACAAAGCAGUUUACUACUGGAGAAAAUUACAAAGGAGCAGAUAGAGAGCUGCAAACAGUUCGUCAGAUGAUGAUUGACUUCUUACAGAACCAUUCCCAAGAGCUGAGACCACCUGCUUGCCCACCAUUGGAUCCAGUUUCGUCCAGUGAUAUUACUUCUCUUUUUGACAAGAACAGCCAUCAUUAUACUGCCAUUGUGUUUGAAAGUAAUAACUCCUAUGUUGGACGAGAGGUUAUCUUAGACUUGAUCCAGUAUGAAAAUAUCAUUGUAAAGAGAGCGUUGAAUUUUGAUAAGCCUUUUCUUGAGAAACUUGGUAUUACCUCAGUCCCUUCAUGCUAUCUGAUCCAUCCAAAUGGGUCCCAUGCAUUAAUUAACAUUUUGAAGCCUCUACGGUCUUUCUUUUCUUCGUAUUUAAAGUCACUGCCAGGUGUAAGAAAAAAACUUCUUUUGCCACUUCAGCUACCUGUUCAAGAAAACAAAGAGGAGAGUACAGAAAUCAAGGUGUGGAAAGAGUUCGAUAAAUCUAAGCUGUACAUGGCUGACCUUGAAUCGGGAUUGCAUUACCUGCUUAGGGUAGAGCUUGCUACGCACAAGACACUUGAGGGAGCUGAGCUGAAGACCUUCAAGGAUUUUGUUACCGUUUCUGCCAAGCUUUUUCCUGGCCGACAGCCUGUGGUAAAGUUGUUAGAGACCUUGCAAGAGUGGCUGGUGAGCCUUCCAUUAGACAAAAUCCCUUAUGAUGCUAUCCUAGAUCUGGUCAACAACAAAAUGCGGAUUUCUGGGAUAUUUCUCACUAAGAAAGUUCAGUGGGUCGGAUGUCAGGGCAGCAGACCAGAGCUGAGAGGUUAUACCUGUUCCCUUUGGAAGCUGUUUCAUACCCUAACUGUUCAAGCUGCACUGCGACCAAAAGCUUUGAUAAAUACAGGUCUUGAAGACAAUCCCCAAAUAGUACUUCAGAUCAUGCGGAGAUACAUUCACCACUUUUUUGGAUGCAAGGCUUGUGCUCAGCAUUUUGAAGAAAUGGCUAAAGAGUCCAUGGAUUCCGUUAAAACGUUAGACAAGGCUGUUCUCUGGCUCUGGGAGAAGCACAACGUAGUGAAUAACAGGCUCGCAGGUGAUUUGACUGAAGAUCCAAAAUUUCCCAAAGUUCAGUGGCCAACUCCAGACAUUUGUCCUGCAUGUCAUGAAGAAAUUAAAGGAUUACACAGCUGGAAUGAAGCCCAAGUUCUACAAUUCAUGAAGUGUCACUAUAACACUGAAAAUAUUCUAUAUAAAUACACUGAAAGCCAGACUGACUCCAGCGAAACUGAACAGGGAGAUACAAGGGAGUUGAAAGACAAAAGCCUACUGAAGAAACCAAGUGGAAACAAAGAAAAUAAAAUCCAGGAUAAAGAAAACAUACUCGAUUCAGAAUCUAAGGUGUUAGAUAAGCUAAUAGCAAACCAUGGACCUGUCAAAGAUAGUGGUAAAAGUGCAGUUGGAUCAGCUAACCUUAAAGAGACGAAGCAGGCCGUGUCUUUCUUAGGGAUUGGAUUUUCAAACAUAGACAUGAGUCUGUGUGUCAUACUGUAUGUAGCAUCAUCCUUAUUUUUAAUGAUAAUGUACUUUUUUUUCCGAAUGAGAUCUAAACGGUGGAAAGUGAAGUAUUAUCGUUCAUCUGUAUAGAAGUUUAAAUCGGAAACAAAGUUUUCAUUGUACAUGGCUGUUCAGUACCAGAUACAGCUUUAAUAUUUAUGAUCAGGGAUUUUAUAUACAGUAUUCCAUGUUUCAAAACCCUUUCUCCCCAAGUCAUUUCACAAGUGUUCUAGCUUAAUAUAUGGAGCUCGCUGUAAGAACCCUAAUCUUUAACUGAGGCACACAGUGCUAUCAUAAAAUGUCCACUGAAGGAAGCAUUGCAUUUUUCAGUUAAGAUUUUUCCAUGACUUACCACCUACAUCCUUUACUCAUUUUCAGAGUAAACAUUGCAUUAUGCAAUCAACUGUGCCUGGUUUUAGAAGGAAAUUGGAUAUUGUUUUGUGUACUUCGUCAGGUGGGUUUUUUAAUGUAUCCAGAGCUGAUUUUGCCUACCAGAGUACUGAACAGUUAUGCUGUUACCUUGGCUGCUUCAUUUGGAGAAGCAAGAAUUCUGAUUUUUUUUUCAGGAAACAAGAGUUCUAUUCUGAUUAAAUCCAUUCUAAACCUAUGUGACUUCCCGAAAUAUUAUUUACACUGCAUAUUUAAAGUAGAAAGCAUUACACGUUCAAAUAAGUCUUCCAUUCUCGUGUGCAUUCCAGCCAAGGAUGUGUGUGUUUCUGCUAGGGUGAGAGUUUUGUGGCAGUUUGUAUCUCAGUAAGCAGCCUGAUUCCACUUGCUAAUUCUGUCAUCCAUUUUAAUUGAGUUUAGAUGUAAGCAGGGACAGCCUUGGACCCAGUGCAUUACUUGCUCCUCUAUUGGAUGUGUUAAUGGAGCAUUAGAUAACUCACCUCACUCAUUUAUGAACCAGAAAAGUAGCUGAGUAAUUAUUGUGUUAUCCAGAUGGAAGCCAAUUCUGAUGAACUCUAAUAAAGGGGAACAGUGUUUUCAAUGAAGGACAGUGAGAUUUGCAUCAGCAUGCCAGAACAAAUUUACAGAUCUGGAAAUACUAAGUUUCUUAUGAUGUUGAAUAACUCCAUUACAAUUUAGUAAUUUUCUCCUUGUAAGGUGGGGUAAACACUUCACCUGGUAUUUCCAGUUCUGAGUUCACAGAGAGUAUCACCUGCUAGCUGUAAAGUUGUCUGUACAGUACUUAGAAGAACAGCCCAUUUCUCUUGCCCUUCUGCUGGAGGAGUACUCUGUUUGGGUCAAGAAGCGUUUAACUAAUGGUUAAGUCUGAGAGCUGCUCCAUUCUGGGAUGUGGCAGUGAUUGGGAAUAUGGCAGUUGCCUUUACAGGUCUGUCUGGUUGCCUGGGGUCCUGGCUGGCAGCAAUUAGAAGAAACCAUGAAAACAGUUAUAAAAUUACCAUGUGGAAUAGGAGUUUCUUUCUGAUCCUAGCUGUGGGGGAUAAUUCACGUCCUGGAUAGUGAAGUUUAUAAUCCUAUCCAAUGUAAUUGAGCAUGUUCUAGUUAUCCAUUACCUAAUCUUUAGUUAAUCCUAAUAGGUUUUGGCCUCAAUGUUUUCUUGUGGCAGUGAGUUCUACAGAUUAAUUAUGUUAUAUAAAAAGGCUUUUCCUUUCAAUUCUACAUUUGCAACUUUUAAUUUAAUUGAACGUUUGCUAGCUCUUCUGCUACACGUGAAGGAAAAAAUAGUCCCUGGCCAAUUCAUUGUAUUUACACUGUUAGUGUGUCGUCCUCCUAUUUCCAUCAUAAGCUCUAGGAUAAAAAGUUUUAAAGCCUAGCAACAAGAAUGGUCUAAAAGCACGAAAACUCAACAGGGAUAUUUUUUUGUAAUCAAAUCUUGUUUGUUCACAAAACUGAACAUUUCUGACACGAGUUUCUACAGCUUCCAAUUAGAAUAGCAAAAUUGGGCUUCAAAGAUUUAUUGUCCCUUGUUCCUUAAGUUUAUCAGAAUAACAUACACAAAGUAAUAACCUUCUGUGGUUAUUGUAAAUGUGUCAGAGGAAAAAAAAAAUCUCCAUUCACAUGACACUGUUGGUGUGACAUACAGAAAGAGGUGCAUUUUCAGGCUUUCUUAAACCAUCUUCACUGUUUAUUGUAUGCACCCGAUGGCUCUUGCUCCAACGUGAGAAACUUGACUCCACGCUCUCUCGGCGAAGCUGGGUGCCAGCUCCUGCCUUCUGCCAUAUGCUGCCUCCGAGGAGCUGAGAGCUGCUGGGAGCACCUGUGGGCAGCUGCUUCUGCCUAUGGUCUGACCUGAAAACUUUUCUCUAAUUUUGACAUUAAGUCUGUGACGUUAAGUCAGUCUGUGCUUUUUAAGGACCCUCACUGUUCAGGAGUUCUGGCUCAAGGAGCCAUCGUGUGUCUCCCUCUUCUUCAGGAAUUUAUAAGAGUCCUAUAAUUACCUUUGUAGCACCUGGGCUUGAAUAUUAAAACAACUCGUGAGUAACUAGAAAGAUAGUGAACCAGUGGUGGAAGGUUGUCCAGGCUGGCUCAUUGUGCCACUUGCUUUGUGCUGGAAUCCAGUGAGAGGUCCCA